AUGUCCAACCAACCCAAUUCCCACAAGCGGAUCUUAAUCAUCGGCGCCGGCAUCGGCGGCCUAACCCUCGCCCAAUCCCUCCGCCGCCACUCAAUCCCGUACACAAUCUACGAGCGCGAACAAUCCGCCUCCGUCAGAAAGCAAGGCUGGGGCCUCACAAUCCAAUGGUCCCUCGAGGCCAUGCAAUCACACUUCCUCCCGGAGACAUUUGAUCGGCUGUGUCAGGCGCAGAUCGAUCGCGAGACGGGGCUGGAUGGGACGAGGAGGGUGCCGUGGGUUAAUGGGUUGACAGGGGUUGUUGAGGGAAGGAGGCCUGCUAGUCGGAAGUUUCGGUUUCGGAGGAGUGGGAUAAGGGAGGCGUUGAUUGAGGGGGUGGAUGUUCAGUGGAAUAAACAACUCAUCGGCGUCAAGCGAACAGGGAACGAAAUUCAGGCAGAGUUCUCGGACGGCACGGUUGCUACCGGAGACAUCCUAGUCGGAGCAGACGGCACCAUGUCAGCGGUCCGCAAAGUCCUAGCCCCGACCACACAUCAAGCGCAGGACCUUCCCAUCAAUGCCGUGGCGACAGGCCUCCCUAUCACUGAAGACCAGUACAAGCGGAUUAAGGAGACCAUCGACCCUCUAUAUUUCCUCGCUACGCACCCAGAAACGAACACCUGCCUUUUCUGGUCCCUACAAGAUACUCCCAAACAAGCAGGAGGGUCACACACAGCGCAAAUGUUUUUAUCAUGGCUCAAGUCCGAUGAAGACAAUUCUCAAGACGAAGAAUUACUCCAGACAUCCAGGCGCGAAGUAUUUAUGAAACGGGGGAAAUCGUUCUUUGGACCCGUGGGCGAAAUGGCCGCCGCGCUUCCCGAAGAUGCGCAGGUAGCUGUGGUUAGUAUGAUGGAUUGGCCGCAUGUUGAGUGGGAUACUUGGGAUGGACAGUGUACGCUAAUUGGGGAUGCGGCGCAUUGCAUGACACCUUUCCGCGGGGAGGGCGUGAACCACGCAAUCGUCGAUGCUUGUUACCUAGCUGAUCAGUUAAAAUUGGCACUUGAUGGGCAAAUUUCGGUAAAAGACGCCAUAGAGCAGUACGAAGAGGAAAUGCGACCGAGGGGACUCAAAGCCGUGCAGAACAACAGACAGGCCGGCUUCGAGGCACAUUCUUACACCACCCUCGCCAAAGGAGGCAGCUCAGCCUUCUUAGAGUUGAAAUAA